AUGAACCACCCCGAAAGCAAGAAGCCUACCGUCCUCCACCUCGGAGAGGAAAUCAAAUACAACCACGCCUUCUACCAGAACGACUUCCUGCCCCGAUUCGACGUCGUGCGCAGCGAAGCUCCCGACCGAGCGUCCUUCAUCCGCGACUUGCAGAGCGGGAAAUACGGAGACUUCUCGGCCAUCUUCCGCCCUCACUUCCAGUCCGGCGGCGAGAUGGGCCAGUGGGACGACGAACUCAUCGCCCUGCUGCCCGCGAGCGUGCGCAUCUUCGCCUCGGCCGGCGCAGGCUACAACUGGGCGGACGUGGACGCUCUGGGCAAGAGGGGAAUCUACUACGCCAACGGAGCGGGCGCUUCCGACGAGGCCGUCGCGGACACGGCGCUGUACAUGAUCCUGUCCGUCUUUCGGAAUUUCACGCGCUCGCAGCUGGCGGCGCGGACGUGUGAUGGGGCAGUUUUCCAGGCAACGCAUAGGCUGAUCGCGACGAUAUCGGCGAAUCCGAAGGCGCACGUGCUCGGGCUGGUGGGGUUUGGGAGGAUUGCGCAGAGGGUGGCGUGCAAGGCGAAGAGGGCGCUGGAUAUGUCGAUCCACUACUUUGACGUGGUGCGCGCGAGCGAGGAGGAGGAAAGGCGCGUGCAGGCGACGUAUCACUCCUCGGUGGAGAGUCUCUUGGGCGUGGCGGAUUGCGUCUCCCUCCACACGCCGCUCAACGAACAUACCAGAGACCUGAUCAAUGCCUCCACCCUCUCCCAGAUGCGACGCGGAAGCCGUCUCAUCAACACCGCGCGAGGCCAGGUCGUGAAUGAGGAAGCUCUCAUCGCGGCUCUGGAAACAGGUCACAUUUCCGCCGCGGCGCUCGACGUGCACUACCACGAGCCUCACGUCUCUCCUCGCCUUGCGAAGAUGGAGAAUGUCACGCUGACCACCCACAUCGGCGGCGGAGCUCUCGAGACCAGAGUCAACUUCGAGCUGCUUGCUAUGAAGAAUAUCCUUGCCGCGGUAGGGCCCAACGGUGAGUUUGGCGGAAGACCACUCACGGCUGUAAAUCUGGCGACUUUCGACGCGGCAUGA